AUGAGGGAAAAGUACGGAAAGUUAGGCCACCUAUUUAAAAUCCUAGGCCAUGACCCUAAAAUGAACCAUUUCACGUCAAAUUUUCAGCCAAAACUACCAUAUUCCGGAGGAUUCCGUGCCGCCGCCGCUUCUGGAAUUCCGAACACGGUCGGACGCGCCGAAAAGCGAAAAAAAUCCGUCGAGCCUCUGUUUCGGCCUUUUUCUCAUCGCACUUCUCCUCGUCGGCCUCUGGAUUUUGAUGUCUUUGGGCCAGGGACCGCCCGAAACGGUCCCGGUCGCUCGCGGUUUUGUGGACGUCGCAAUGGUGACGGAACAGACGGCACAAUCGGAAACAUCGCGGGAAAAAGUGAUUCGGCCGACGUGUUUGACGGAAAAUUGCCAAAAGUUGGUCGACAAACUUGUAAAAAUCGAGUUUUUCUGCGAAAACCAAUGUUGUCCGUUUAGCACUCGAUGAUCAAGCCGGAAGUAUCGCCAUGCGACGAUUUUUAUAAACACGCGUGCGGAAACUACCGGCCGGACCGCAACGAAACCCAAAAGUUGGACGAGGCUUUCGAGCGAGAAACGGAGAUUGCGUUCGCGGCGGUCGCAGGUGAGCGCCCCUCUUAUGACCGCCCAGCGAGCCGCGUGCCGCCAGCGCCUCAUUGGCUCAGUGGCAGAGCGUCUGUCUAGUAAACAGAAGGUCGCUGGUUCGAUUCCAGCAUGAGGCACCGACUUUUUUUCGUCAACGCCCUCAUCCAAUUUUUGCAGAAUUUCUCAAACAAAGCUCGUCGAAAAGUCUUUUACCGUCCGAGUCGGUGCUUCAGAAGGUCUAUUGGAAGUGUGAAGCGGCCAAGCGGGACCAGAAGGCCGCGAUUGAUCAUUUGAGGGACGAUUUGAGAUUGGUCUUCGGCUGGCCGACGAAUUUUGUGAAAGCCAAUGAAAAAGUGCGAGAGAAGGGCAAUUUUGAGGAGUUUCGGGUUCAAAGUGAGCAUUUUCCAUUAAAAAACAAUGUUUAAACAACAUUAUCGCUUCAGAUUUAAUGGCGAAAAUUCUGAAAAUGAAUCCCAACUCGCUGCCUUUUUUCCAAAUUCAAGGACACCGAAAAACGCUGCAAAUCGAGCCCGCCUUUUGUGAACCGGACUAUGCUCCGAUCGAUAAAGAGUUGGUUCGAAGGGUGUGCAUUUUUGAAACAAAAAUGUUUUGAAAUUUCUCCUCUUCAGGUCUUUCAAAAGCUCAACGAUAACAAUGAUGCUGUGACGCAAGAGUGGAUGGAGGAGACGCUCGGGUACGCGCUGAAAAUCGACGAAAAAGGCGUUGAAUGUGUGCGUUUUUUUCUCCACGUUCACGGCCUUUAAAGUGAACAAGAAUGGACAAGAAAAAAGAAGAAAAGAAGCGGUGGUGUCGGCGUUAUGAACGGAGCAUCGUUUUGUCAUCAUUGUGCGGUUUUGGUCUCGUAAGGCGGUAUAAUAGAAUGACGCCUUAAUACCGUUUAUUCUAGACACCGUAUCUCAGAUGCGCGUAGAGAUAUCAAAAAGUUGUCAACUGAUAAAAUGUGCAAAAUCGCUUAAUGAACAUUUUAUCAGUUGACGACUUUUCGAUAUCUCUACUAACAGCUGAGAUAUAUCGUCUUGAAUAACCAUUAGCUGCCACGACGACUCUUUAUUUCUUUUCGACACUUGAGAAUUUAUUUUACUGAAACGGGAGAAUCGAAACGUUGUAUAUAUAUAUAAUAUAUUAAAAAAACGGCAAUUUUUUUCAGAGCAAAACGGUCGUCGCGAAUCACGUGAUCACUUCGGCCGAAGAGCUCGACAUGAAGACGUCGCGAGUGGAUUUUGUGAAAAUUCUCAAAGAAAUGACGGACGCUCAAGUGGAAAAUCAUCGCGAAACGAUUCUCAAACAGACGUUUUUCGUCGACGCUCCACAAUUUUUUGGCGCCAAUGUAAGUACAGUGAAAAAAAUGGAACUACGUGUUUUCUAGUCGUCUAUCAACGAAGCGAUAAGGUUGGAUGCGGAAGGAGUGUCCAAUUAUCUCGUCAUCAAAUUCAUUGAGUCGUUUGGCGAAAAUGAGGAGAAUUUGGAGAGGACCGACUGUGCAAAGGUACGACGAAUUGGUAGAUACACUCAAAACGACAUAUCUCGGUUGCGAGUGGAGGAAUCAAAAAGUUGUCAACUGAUCAAUUGUUCGUUAAGACAUUUUGUACAUUUUAUCAGUUGACAACAUUUUGAUAUCUCCACCGACAGCUGAGAUACGUUGAUUUGAAUACAAGACUACUUUACAAUAACUGUACAAUAGCGAUUUGACGGCAAUUUGCUAUCAAGACACGUUCCGAACCGAAUGUUCCGUGUUCAGAUCGUCUCGAACAUGCUGCCACGUGCCUCGCUCUCCAUCUACGUCAACCACUUUCUCCGCAACGAGAAUCUCAUCGUCAUCCCCCAUCUCAUCGGUCGGCUCAAAUCGGAAUUCGGUCGGAUGAUCGAGACGAACGGCUGGCUCAACUCGAGCACCAAAUCGGCGGUCGCCGCCAAAAUACGCUCGUUCGAGACGGACAUUUCGGCGCCGGGAACGCCCGAGAAGGAGGAUCGCGUGUUGGAAGCAUUGCAAGUGACCGAGCGGGACUCGUUUUACACUGUGUUCACGCGACUCAACGAGUUUUGGAUGCGCACCGCGAUGGAGUACGUUUUGGGCGAUCAGGAGAUUUCGCUGGAGGAGGAACGACUCGAGCCCAAGGCCAAUUACAAUAUGAGAGUCGAUCCGACAAGUUGGUUUUUUUUUUACAAUCGCUCUACAUGCCAAUCUCUUUCAACUUCCCCAUUUUGCAGAACUGUUGGCGCCAAUGAUCGCCGAUCCGUUGUUCGACGCGAACUUCCCGCCGGCCGUACAAUACGCGAAGGGCGGCAGUGUGAUCGGACACGAGAUUGCGCACUUGGUCAAUCCGAGAGAUCGGAAGCGCCGUCUCGACACGGACACGUGGCAACAGUGGUCGAUCGAAGAGUUUGACAUUCGCUCGCAGUGCCUCGUCUCGACGAGUGUGUCGUCGCACAGCGGGGUAGGGUUCUGAGUGCGUUGAACACGAGGACCGAGUAUUGUCAAUUUCAGAAGAUGAAAUACUCGGCGUACCGUCAACUGCUCGCCGACUAUCUGGGACUUGUGGCCGCGUGGAAGGCGUACCAGGCGGAAACGUCGGAAAAAGACGUCCGACUGACGGGACUCGGUGCCAUUAGCGACAAUCAACUCUUCUUCUACUCGUACGUUCAGGUAGGACCCGAGUUUUAAAGUGUAUCUCGGCUGCCAAUGAAGAUAUCAAAAAAAUGUCAACUGAUAAAAUGUAGAAAAUUUGUUUGUCAACAUUUUGUUAGUUGAAAACUUUUUGAUAACUUUACCCGCAGCUGAGAUAUAUCGAUUUGAAUACAAGCACUAGCGGUACCAAGUCCCACGAUUAUUUGCAGAUGAAAUGCGAGAAAAAGGAGCGUUUUUCGUUCAAGCAACGCGAGCCGAUCAACGGAAUUCUCUCGCAACUCUCCGCGUUCGCGCCGGCGUUUGAAUGUCCGCUUGGCUCCGCGAUGAACCCGUCGAACAAGUGCGCCUUUUUCGAAUUUUUGUAA